UUGGUAGCAGGGGCAGCUCCCGAGGACUCGCGAUUUUUCCAAUGAGUUACCCUGGAUAUCCCCCAGCAGGUGGAUACCCACCAGCUGCUCCAGGUAGCAAUCCCUGGGGUGGUGCUGCCCAUCCACCUCCAAUUGGUCUAGAAAAUGUGACUGGCUAUGCCAAUCAGUUCAAUCCCAACUACAUGGCUGGAAUGGCCUCCAACCUUGCAGGGACCUUUGGGGGAGGAAAUGUACCACAAGGCAUGUAUCCUUCAACACCAGGGGGUUAUCCCGCAGUCCCUCCAGGUGGCUUUGGGCAACCUCCACCAGGACAACAGCCCUCUUAUGGAGGGUAUCCUCCACCUGGAGGAAAUCCACCAUCAGGAAUGCCAGCUUACCCAGGAUACCCAGGUGGCACUGUGCCAGGCCAACCCACACCACCACCUGGUCAGCAGCCUAUGAGCUAUCCAGGACAACCACCAGCAACUUUCCCAGGGCAGCAGCCAAUGCCAAAUUAUCCACCAGGCCCAGCUGUGAAUCCAUCUAUGCCCUCUUACCCAGGAACUGCAGGGCCUACAGUUUCUCCCAUAACACAUGGAAACCGAGGCACAAUCACUGAUGCACCAGGAUUUGACCCUCUGAAGGAUGCAGAAGUCUUAAGGAAGGCCAUGAAGGGAUUUGGAACUGAUGAGCAGGCUAUUAUCGAUUGUCUUGGAAGCCGUUCAAACAAGCAACGACAGCAGAUCAUCCUAUCCUUCAAAACAGCUUAUGGAAAGGAUUUGAUCAAGGAUCUUAAGUCUGAACUAUCAGGUAACUUUGAGAGAACAAUCCUAGCAAUGAUGAAGACACCUGUCAUGUUUGAUGCUUAUGAAAUCAAGGAAGCUAUAAAGGGUGUUGGCACAGAUGAAAAUUGUCUCAUUGAGAUCCUAGCUUCUCGCAGUAAUGAGCAUAUCCAGGAGCUCAACAGGGUCUAUAAAGCAGAAUUUAAGAAAACUCUGGAGGAAGCAAUAAAAAGUGACACAUCAGGACACUUUCAGAGGCUUUUAAUUUCACUUGCUCAGGGAAACAGAGAUGAAAGUACAACUGUUGACAUGACUCUUGUCCAAAGAGAUGUGCAGGAGCUAUAUGCAGCUGGAGAGAACCGUCUGGGAACUGAUGAAUCCAAAUUCAAUGCCAUUCUGUGUGCAAGAAGCAGAGCCCACCUCAGAGCAGUCUUCAGCGAGUACCAGAGGAUGUGUAACCGGGACAUUGAGAAAAGUAUAUGCCGUGAAAUGUCUGGAGACCUGGAAAAGGGCAUGCUGGCAGUAGUGAAGUGCCUCAAGAACACACCAGCUUUUUUUGCAGAGAGAUUACAGAAAGCUAUGAAAGGAGCAGGAACAAAUGACAGGACUCUGAUUCGAAUCAUGGUAUCACGCAGCGAGGUUGACCUGCUGGACAUACGUGCAGAAUACAAGCGGAUGUAUGGCAGAUCCCUCUACACAGAUAUCACUGGUGAUACUUCAGGAGACUACCGGAAAAUCUUACUCAAGUUGUGUGGUGGAAAUGACUAAAUGGAGCAUUGAGCUUUUCUUUGAGAAGCUGCUAUUUUCAUUGUUUUGCUUUAAAACAUCAUUUUUUUCCACAAAAAAAAAAAAAAAGUAAUUAAAUAUGUAAUGACCUGUUUCUCCUAAAGCCAUUACAUUUUAAAAGGUAAUGCAUAUACCUUCAGUUAAAAAAUAGUAGGUAGUAAAUGCCAAAAAAACUGUAGACGUGUCAAGCUUAUGUACUAUCUGUUCAGGAUCCUCUAUAGUAAUCUCAGCAAUCCGUGAAUGACAGACAGGUCAUUAUUUCUUUUCUGCCUAUAUUAUGCUGAAAUAAUAUGUUUGUUUUAUGGAAGAAAAAAAAAUCACAAAUGUAUGAUUUAAGCUUUUAUUUUGUAUAAAUACUAUACAUGCCGUUUUCAUACAAGUUUUAUAUAUAUUGUGUGCUGAGUUGGUUUCAUGCUAGCCUGUUCCCUGAUAAGCAGAGAGAACAGCCUUGAGUUUUGGUGUUUGGUCAAGACUGUUUUGAAGUUUUAUCAAGUUCUGUUUUCUUUCCCUGAUUGUUUUUGAAGAAAAGUGUGUUCCACAUUUCAAUAUUGCUAGGGCAGCUGUCACAAGGCAGUAGUAAUGUUGACAGUAGUAAAAAUUCUGCUGUGAAUUUUUCAGGUUUUGGAUUGUGACUUUAUAUAUAUGUAAGAAGAAAUUAUGAAA